AUGCGCUAACCGCUAGCCUGCCAGUUAGAGUCGUAGAUCUUCGCUCGAAAUCUACAAGCCUGGUGAACUAACUGCAACGUGCGCGACUACUAGUAGCAUGUCUCUGCUACCGUUUCUCAUCGUCGACGAGCCGUGGGGCAGCUCGGCGUCAACCGUCAUGCAUGAUUUCGACCGGGACAUGCAGCGGUUUUACGACAACAUGCGCCGCUUUCAGAACGACGUCAACCAAACGCAGCGGCGCCAGGCGUCCGGCAUGAACAUGCAGCCGUUCGCGAGGGAGGGCGUCAUGACGAGGGACGUGGUCGAGGAAGGCGGCCAGAAGAAGCUGCAGAUGCACUUCGACGUGCGCAACUAUCGUCCGGAGGAGAUCAAAGUGCAAGUGGACGGUAACAUGCUCAAGGUGUGUGCCAGCCACGAGGAGAAGACCGAAAACGGGGAGAUAUUUCGGCAGUUCAGUCGCCAGUUUACUGUUCCCGAUAACGUCAACCCAGAAGCACUGAAGUCGAUGCUGACACCAGAGGGCGUAUUGAACAUCGAAGCACCCUACAUGGCUCUGGAGGCACCGAAGGAACCCACUGCCAUCCCGAUUGACUUCGUAAAGAAAUAAACAGACAUGGGUUUGCAUGUAACUUGAACUGCAUGAAAGCUUCUUCCUAUAAUCAGGAGUCUAUCAAUAUUGAUAGACUCCUGCUAUAAUUUGGGACACAUUUUUUGGACAUGCAAAUGCCUUGGUAAAAUUUACUAUAACGUUGCUAGAGUAUACUGCACAAUUUUUGAAGGAAUAAAGUAUUAUUGGCA